AUGCGGAAAGCAUCUUCCUGCAAAGGAUUGUUGAAAAACGAGCGAGCGGAGGAUAAGCCACGCCUACCCGAAGAUCUGCUUUUGCGUAUCAUUGACCAAUGUGAUGCAAUCGAGCAGAUUAGAAUGAGGGCUGUGUGCAAAACUAUUAAGAGUCAUGUGGAUAGAAAAAUCAAAAAGAUUACUCACCUCAAUGUCGAGAAACGUGACAUUGACACAGCGUCUGGCCGAGGCUGGGCACGACAUCGACACGCUCAAGUGUCGUUAAAAAUGCGUAUGAAUACCGCAAAAAUUGUGGUGGAUUCAAGGUGGACUUCACGUGAUGUAUCCACUGUGGUCGGAGCGAUGAGUGUGUAUCGUAAGACGAUACUAGAAGCUACAAUUGAUGCUCCGAUUGCUGAAUUGUUGGUUGUAUCUCUGUCGGCACUGGACUUGAAUCGAUGGUAUGCGUUCCAGUGUUUCAUGAAAGCUAUGGAUGUUUUUGAUGAAGAUAUGCAUAUGGAUUGUGAUUUCGUUAAUCCUGGACAGAUUUAUUGGCCAAACAUUCAGCAUCUAACCGUUCGUACUACUGAACAGCAAGCUCCCCAUCUUGCCAGAGUAAUUGAUUACGGCGUACAAUGCAAUUGGGUAUUGGACCGUCGAAAUUUAUGCAGAUUACGUAUCAUUUUUACCGAUUUGGAUGCCACACCGUCCCGAAAAGUAUCGCGACACCUAUAUCACUUCAGGUUUGUGUUUAUGUUUCAGUAA